AUGAAAGUUGUUUCGUGGAAUUGUAGAGGUGUAAAUAACCCUAAUUCGUUAGUUCGACCCUAUGCUACUUGGUUGGUUAAAACCUAUUUGCCUAUGUUUUUGUUUGUUUCGGAAACUAAGUCCACUGUUGCUAAUGUGUCAAGUUUGUUAGGGGGUUGUAACCCUACAUGUAUUUUUGGUAUAGAUAGCGUAGGCUCUAGUGGUGGUUUAGUAGUUUUUGGUUGGACAUCUUUUGAAGUUAGUUGUCUCUUUGUUUCAUCAAAUAUUGUACUUUGUAGGGUCAUAGAACCUAAUGGAAAUAUAUGGGAAGUAAUGUUUGUUUAUGGUGCUCCAAAGGUAGAAGAUAGGGAGGAAGUUUGGAAUCAAAUAUUGACUCUACUAAUGACAUCACCUACUUGUUUAUUAAUUGGAGAUUUCAAUCAAAUCGAGCUUUAUUCAGAUAAAUUAGGAGGUUCUUCAGUAAUUAAAGGUUGGGAUUUAUUUUUACAAUGGAGACUAGCUUCUAAUUUGUCCGAGGUACCUUUUUCAGGUCCACCUUUCACCUGGACAAACAAAAGAGAGUCUACUUCCCUAAUUAUGGAAAGAUUAGACCGAGGCUAUAUGACAGACUCGUGGUUUAUAAAAUUUCCAAAUACUAGGAUUAUAAAUCAACCAAUUUUAAUUUCUGACCAUGCAGCCAUUAUUUUACAAACUGAGGAACCAAUAAUUUUGAGGAAUCGCCCUUAUCAGUUGGAAAAUUGGUGUUUCUCUUUUCCCGAGGUGAAAAGUUCAAUUCAAGAGGUCUGGAAUCUUCAUAUAUGGGGUUCACCUAUGUUUACCUUAUCUCGUAAGAUGGAUACGAUUCGAAAAGUUUUGCGCAAAUGGUGUUUGGGAAAUAAAAAAUUAUGGGGCAUUAAUUGGCAUCAAUUUACUGGUAAGCUGGCGUUGGAGGGGCUAGAGGUGGAUAAUUUGCAGAAAGGAAAUAACUACAAUACUCUUAUUCAACAGUCAGAUGAACAAGCGAAGUUAUGCUAUCAAUAUUGGUCUCGAAGAAUGAAGGAAUUAUGGGUUAAAAGUGGUGAUUGCCCUUCAAAGUUGCUUUUUUCUAAGGUUAGAAAGAGGCAAAAAAGAAAUGAAGUUUUGCGUUUGAAGGAUAGACAAGGAACUUUUAGGGAAGGCCAGGAUAAUGUUCAACAAUUAGUAGUUGAUAAUCUUAAAAUGGUUUUCAAAUCAGAUGCUUCAGAAAUUGAUUAUGAAGAAGUUGAUUAUGUUCUUUGUGAAAUGGAUUUGCCUCAGCUUUCUCCUAAUGAUAUUUCAAGGUUUACAACUCCUUUUUCAAUAGCAGAGAUUACCAAAGCUAUGUUUGAUAUGAAUGGCUCUAAAUCUCCUGGGCCAGAUGGAAUGUCGGUGGAAUUUUUCAAGAAACAUUGGCAGAUAGUGGGAAACUCGGUUAUUAAAGGAAUUCAAAGUUUUUUCAGGACUGGUUUUUUAUUAAAAGAAUGGAAUCAUUCACUGCUAGUUAUGAUUCCAAAGAUAGCUUCUCCGGAAGAGGUUCUUAUUAAUGGUAGAACUUCGCAGCCAUUUAGACCUAAGUGUGGGCUAAGGCAAGGGGAUCCUUUGUCACCGUAUUUAUUCCUAUUUUGCAUGGAUAUUCUGGGACGAAUGCUAUCAUUAGGUCAAGAUAUUAAGUUAUUUCAAGGGAUUAAGCUUGCGAGAGAAGCACCAAAGAUUUCGCAUUUGUUCUUCGCUGAUGAGGCAAUGGUUUUUUUCAGAGCAACGGAAAACUCUUGCACAAAUAUAGGUGGUAUUAUUGAUCGCUACUGUCGAAUUUCAGGUCAACAACUAAAUCUUGCAAAGUCAUUUAUAAAGUUUAGCCCAAAUACACCUAUCCCUCAACAACAACUUUUCAAAUCAAUUUUACGAAUGCCACAAGUUACUCAGUUUGGACAACAUCUAGGUGUUCCUAUUGAUUGUAUGGGAUCCAAACGUUCACAUUUUAAUUACUUGAUCGACAAGGUGGCUGAUUUGAUAACCUCAUGGAAUGGGGUUUUGAUUUCCCAAGUGCAAAAGAUGGUUUUAAUUAACACCGUCAUCGUUGCUACGGUUUCUCAUGUGAUGAUGAGUUUAGACAUUCCUAUAACAAUACUGAACAAAAUAGAUUCAAUGAUUGCUACUUUCUUCUGGGCAAAACAAGGCUAUAAGGGAAUGCAUUGGAUUCGUAAGAGUAUUUUACAUCUUCCACGAGGAAUGGGAGGCCUGGGUAUUCGUAAUUUAUCAACACUUAAUAAAGCUUUUUUAAUGAAACAAGUUUGGAGAAUGCAUCAAAAUCCCCAGUUGUUAAUUUCAAAAGUCUAUGCUGCAAAGGGAAAGUUUGCUUUAUCCAUUGGCAAGGCUAAUGGAUGCGAAGGUCAUAUUUCAUGGGGUAUGCGAGGUCUACGACGAGCAGAAAAUCUGUUACUACAGGGUUGUGCUUGGAAGGUUGGGGAUGGCCGUCAUAUCAGAGUAGGAAAGGAUAAUUGGGUUCAUGGUAAGGUACCAGUUUUUGCAUCCCAUAUUCGUUUAACUGAUGCAAGGUUGUGGACGGUCAGUCAUUUUAUUCAGAGUUCGGAAAUAAGAUGGGAUGCAGCUUUAGUCAGACGUUCUUUUGACAAUUGUGAUGCAAAUGCUAUCUUGUCUGUUGAACUUCCCUCUGAGUCAAUUCCAGAUCGGUUAUAUUGGCCCAAAAAUACUGUUGGAAAUUUCACAGUCAAAACUGGUUAUGCUUUUUUACAAGAGCAAAACAUUGGCCAAGAUCCUAAUUUGGGUUUCAGACACAACAAUAGAUUGGUACCUUUCUUUAAAUUACUCUGGGCUCUUAAAAUUCUUCCAAAGUGGAAACUUUUUAUUUGGAAGAUUAUGGUUGACGGGAUCCCAGUGAAAGUUAAUCUGGAGCGGAGAGGAAUUAUGUUAGAUGUUAAUUGUGACUUGUGUAGUGACCAUUGUGAGGAUGCGCAACACACGUUUCGUCUUUGUAAAUUGGCACAAGAUCUUUUUAUUAGCGAGGAUGGCAAGCUUAGUGAUCGAGUGGUUACUUUCAUAGGGACCUUGUGGGCAUUAUGGGUUACGCGAAAUUCAAGAGUUUUCCGUUCUGAGACUGGAAACAUCCAAACAGUUCAGACUCAGUUUAUUUUAGCUUUGCAGCAGAAUGCAAUCUACAGGAAGAAAAAUGAUGAAAAUAUGGGUUACUUACAUCCACCUGAGCACAUGCCAACCUACCCACCAGAGUUUUAUUUCGCAAAUAUAGGUAGGGAGAUCGCUAAUAUGUCAGGGUCGGUUAUAUACAUUGAUGGAGCAUGGAACAAGGUCACCUCAAGAGCUGGAAUGGGAUGGGUUCUUGAACUACCACAAACAGUUGAUGUAGGAAUUGUUGGGGGUUGUGACUACGGUCUUGGGCAUUCAGCUUUACAUGCGGAAUCUAUGGCUUGUCUGCAGGCUUUACGAUGGGCGACAAAUUCUUCAGUGACUGAUAUAGCAAUACAUACUGACUCAGCGACAUUGGUCUCCUUCUUGCUGGGAAAGGAUAAGUCUAAUAUUCGUGUUCGUUGGACAGUUAACGCCAUUUUUAAUAUAGGUAAAAGUUUUAGGAGCUGCGCGAUUUAUAAGGUGGAUCGUGGUAAUAUUCAAUCUGCUCAUGAUCUGGCAAGCAGGGCGUCAAAGGAAGGACUGCAGUUCUCAACACCUUUUGCUGUUAGGCCUAACGGAUAA